AAAUAACUUGUCACUUAGUAAUAACAUAACAUGUCAUCUUCCAGAAAGAAAUUGUUGUUGAUGGGCCGGUCUGGAAGUGGUAAGUCAUCCAUGAGAUCCAUUAUCUUCUCCAACUACUCGGCGUUUGACACCCGGAGAUUGGGUGCUACUAUAGACGUUGAGCACUCGCACUUGCGGUUUUUGGGCAACAUGACCUUAAACCUAUGGGACUGUGGAGGGCAAGAUGUGUUCAUGGACAACUACUUCACCACACAGAAGGACCACAUUUUCAAGUUUGUCCAGGUACUUAUCCAUGUGUUUGACGUUGAAUCUAAAUCUAUAAAUAAAGACAUCGAAAUAUUCAUCAAGUCUUUGACAAAUUUACAAAAAUAUAGUCCUGAUGCCAAGGUGUUUGUAUUGCUCCAUAAGAUGGACUUGGUGCAGAUAGAUAAGAGGGACGAGUUGUUCAACAUCAUGAUGGACAAAUUGCAGAAAAUCUCCAACCCGUACCAGUUUAAGCUUGUAGGGUUUCCCACGUCGAUUUGGAACGAAAGUCUAUAUAAAGCGUGGUCCCAGAUUGUUUGUUCGUUGAUUCCAAACAUGAAUCUUUUCAACGAUAACUUGUUGAAAUUCAAUCGAAUCUUGGACGCUGAAGAAAUCAUCCUAUUUGAAAAAACAACCUUUUUGGUGAUUUCGUCCACCAAUUCCAUCAGACAACAACUCAACGGCACCACCACCAACAGUCUCGAUAACCUCGAUCCCAAGAGAUUCGAGAAGAUCUCGAACAUUAUCAAGACGUAUAAGCAGUCAAUUUCGAAGUUAAGAACAAACUUCAACAACUUGAUUAUCAAGGGAAGCAACGACACCCAAUUUUUCAUUGACGGCUUAACAGACAAUAUGUUCAUAAUGAUCAUCUUGAAGGACAGCCCCAGCAAGUCUGGAGAGUACGUGAAUAAUAAAGAGGAGCUAAUUGUGUUGAAGAACAUCAAGUCAGCCCGAAAAUGGUUUGAGAAGAUAGAGAGUGUUAAGUGAUUCCAUGAGGAUAGAACUGAGAGAACGGAAUAUGUAAAAGUUGGGAAUGUAACUGUGUCAGUAUAAUACAAAUAUAUAAUAUUGGUAUA